AGCAGGUGGAGCAGGUAUAGCGAACACUGCCACACAGGAGGAAGGACGCCGUUUGGAAAAGGCCACGCGAAAUGAACAAGAACUAACCAGCCGUUUGGUCCCCGUCGCGUAUUGAGUCUUCUUCACGUCUCCGCCGGGAUGAAGGCGGUGGUUGUUUUGUGCAGCCUGAGUGUGGCUGCAAUGUGUUUUCUGAUUUACCAAGCCGCGCGCCAGGAGCUCAACAUACAUCAUUUGAAAACCCGCAUGCUGACGAACGUGGUUGAGGUCCGGAUGAAAGAGGAGUCCAUUAUAGAAUUGCAACACAAAAUCAAUGACCUGAAGACAGCGUCGUUGGCCAUCAACGCUAAGAUCGAUGGACUGAAGAAAAAGAAGGAAGAAAGCAACAAAUCAAAAGCGGUUUCCACUGAAACGCUGAAGAACUGUAACAAGGAGAGGGAAGCUACUCAGAAGAGGAAGGCGGAGAAGGAAGAGGCCAUUGUUAAACUCAAAGCGGAUCACGAGGUGGCUAAACAGAAAGCCAAAGUGGACAUUCAGGCCUUGAAACAACAGAUUUUGGACAGAGACAAAGCCAUUUGUGCGUUUGCAGAUACAACCAAGGACGAAGCGAGGAAGCUGUGUGGCAUCGCUGAGAUACAGUGAAAACCAAAGUUUAUUAAAAGAAGCAAGACAUGCAAAUUACCAUAGUUUUUACCAUCACAGAUUCAAGUAUAUCUUUUUUUGUUCCUCCAUAAGAAAGUAAAACCUGUGUUGAUUGCAAUAAAACGCUGUUUGUACAUCC